AUUCAAUCAACUUCAUCAGCUUUUGAAUUCCUACUCUUGGGGGGGGGCCUCUCGACUCGACACUUGAAGUCUUGACUUGCGCAACUUUUCCUCGACUCGGGUCUGAGCGAAGGAUCGAGUGGACUCUCAUCCUACGCCCUAUCAAUCAAGAGUGCCGCAAGACUGCGCUCCGCAUUAAUCAUUCUCAUCAUCGACAAGCUGAGGUCUGUCGGUAGCGCAUCGACGGCAUUGUGACGAUGGAGAGGGGGUCCCCUUGAGGAUACAAGGUUGUCGAUCAUCUGAUUCAGAUUCACCUUGAAUACGCAGCAGGAUCGAACACACUACGACGAUUGGAGCACAGCUUCGAGUGCACGCCCAUCAUCGUGACAGCCGCAAGCCCCAUCGUUCCUGCUCAACAGCGUACUCGAAACGCACUGCAUGUCGCGCUACCCACCACGUUCAACCCGGCCCACCUCAACUCCACGACACUCGCCCAUCCACACGCACGCGCCGACGCCGACGCCGACGCCGUUGCAUCUCAGCAUGUCCACCACCUUCUCACGACCCUACCUCUCCCGUCUGAUCCUAGUAACAACGUUGGGCGGGCUGCUCUUCGGACUGGACACCGGUAUAGCUUCCGGCAUGCUGGUCAGUCUCAAAUCGGAUUUGGGGGGAGAGGCAUUGAGCAGCACGCAACAGGGAAUCUUUGUGGGUGGUACCACGGCUGGUGCGAUUGGCGGAAGCGCUGCUUCCACUUAUGUGGCGGAGAGGUGGGGAAGGAAAAAGGCCAUGUUGAUCUCCUCCAUCUUUUUCCUCUUGGGAUCCAUCGAACAAUCGGCCUCUCAAGUGUUCAGGGAACUCGUGCUGGGACGCGUGCUUGUGGGGCUGGGAGUGGGCAUGGCUAGCAUGGUCAUCCCCAUCUACCUUGCCGAGUGCGCGCCAUCCGAUCUUCGAGGCAGAAUAGUAGGCAGCAAUAGUGCGCUCGUCACUGGUGGACAAGUGACGGCAUACGCCAUCUCUGCUGCUUUCUAUCACCUGCCUCACUCAUGGCGCUGGAUGGUGCUUACAGGAGCUCCGCCAGCUUUAGCUCAACUCGUAGGUCUGUGGGCCCUGGACGAAUCGCCGCGCUGGUUGCUCCACAAGGGCAAACAUGCUCAAGCUCGAAGAGCUUUGGCACGCAUGUACCCUUCAGCAAAUGAUGAUCAGAUCGAGGAGCAUUUGAGAGCUUUUGAGCUUUCAUCGUCGUCAUCCGAGCAAGAGCAGGAUGAGAGGCGUACGGGAGUGGAAGGAGGAGAAGGUAUCGCGGCGCUUGUUGGGAGGAGCAGCCCAGGCGGCAAGGAUGGCGCGCAGGGAAUUCGCCAACUCUUGGCGGAUCGUUCGGCUAGGAAAGCUCUGCUGUUGGCUUGCGGUCUACAAGCUUCUCAACAGCUGGUCGGGGCCAAUUCCAU